GCCUAAGUUAAUUAGUCUGAUGACUGAGUCCGUAUGUGUAGAGAAAUUUGUCUAACCUCCGACGAUCUAGUCCCUUUUUAUACUCGUUGCUUAUCCCCCUAUUAAUACAAUACUAUCGCUCUUCUCUAAAAAAAAAAUUAAAAUUUCUUUUUUUUUUAAAAAAGAAAAGAAAAAAGAAACCAAAAUUUCAUGAUACUGCUUUUUCUUGUAAUAAUUAGCAUGAUACUAUAGUUUAAACCAAGAAAUCUCGUAAUUAUUGUCAUACAAAUCAGUCUAUUACUUUAUUUAUGUCCCUAAAUUAAAACCAUAAUAAAAUCUCUUAGUUAUUUAUGGUCAUACAAAUCACUUUCUUACCCUAUUUAUAUGUCAUGGGCAUAAUGGGAACAAUAAAAAAAAUUUAAAAACGAGAAAAAUAAUGUCUUUAAAAAAAGGAAUAUAAUCCAAUGUUGGACAAAAAAACAAAGAACUUGUAUCAACAAUACAAAUAUGUGGAUUAAACCCAACUCUUGGUUGGAUUUUUGGAUUUAUAUCAAAAUUUCUAUUUUCUUUUUAUAUAGGGACUUGACCGCUUUUUUUUAUUAAUUUUUUAAUGCUAAAUAAAGUUUAGAAUUCGUUGGUGUGUCGUAGAAGUGAUCCAAAUUUUCUGUGUUUUCAUGGCUAGUCUGCUCCGAAAGCCAAAACUCAAACACAAUAUUCUCAUACGCACCAAAAUAUUUCGAGCCUUUGUCGCUGGAUCACUAUCAUCAUAUGAGCCCAGCAUUCCAGAGCUUGAGAGACUCAGCCGAGCUCUAAGAGAAAAGAGGUAGAAGAAAAAGAAGUGGAUCAAAGCCGAAUUGACAGAGUAUUGCAAGAUGUCUGAAGAGAUGGUGUUGCAUAUCCUAUCAAGAUUGCCUUCAAAAUCUCUAAUGCGAUUCAAGUGUGUCCGUAAAUCGUGGUAUACUAUGAUCAACGAUCCCAUGUUUGUAGAAAGGCACCUCUCCAAUUCCAUGCACAACAAACGCUCCACUAGUUGCAUCCUUGUCAAUCGUUUUCUCCACAGCGACACUAGCACUGGUGAGAAAGAACUUGGAUUCUCCUUCCUUUAUUUUUGCAAUGAUUAUGACGAUGAUGAGCAUAAAGUCAAUUCUUUUGUUGAGGACAUCAAAUUUCCAUUUUCUUCAGGAGGACAACGUAGUGGGUUUGAGGUUAUAGAAUCUCUAAGUAUGAUAGGCCAGUGUGAUGGGAUAGUUUGUUUAUGUGACCGUCGUGACAACAUUGUUUUAUGCAAUCCAGCAAUCAAGGAACUCAAGCUUCUUCCCAAAUCAUGCCUUCCACAGUUGAUCCAGUGUGCUGUGGGGUUUGGAUACGAUCCCAAAUCAAAAGAUUACAAAAUUCAUAGAAUUUCAUGUGAUGGUGAGGAAAUUUAUGAUCAGCGUCUUGUUUUUUUCCCUCCUAGAGUUGAAAUAUACACCCUCACUACUGAUUCCUGGCGAGAGAUCAAGAAUAAUUAUUUAGAAACAGAGAACACUUUCUUUUGGCCUGAAUAUUUCGAGAUGUACUGGAAAGGAAUAUGUUAUUGGUUGGGGUAUGAGCAACCAAAAGAAUUCGAGUCUUACUUUGAUAGACUCGAGGAUGAGAAAAAGAAGACAAUGAUAUUUUUGUUUGACACCGGUGAUGAGGUAUCUCAUAACAUAUUACUUCCAGAUUGUUUAUAUGAGGCAGCGGUAUAUCGUUUUGACAUGCGCAUUCUUCUGUGGAAUGAAUCUGUUGCUUUGUUUGGCCUAGAUAGUUUUGGUACAUUUGUUGAAUGCUAUGGAUUAUGGGUGUUGGAUGACUUUGACGGUGCUAAGGGUUCUUGGACUAGACACUGCACUUUUGAGUCCGUGAUAGACAUUAAAAGGGUAUUGGCAUUUUGGAAUAAUGACGAGAUUCUUCUGGUUGACGGAUGUGGGAAUAUAGUAUCCUACAACCUUGGUACCAAUAACCACAAAAAUCUUUUAAUAUAUACUGAGAAUCUAUGUCGUGUCGAAACUAUUGUAUAUGUGAAUACUUUAGUUCCGAUCAUGGGAGGCAACAAGCUUGAGAGUGUAGAUAAGUAA